AUGUGUUGGUUGAAUUCUAUGCACCCUGGUGUGGGCAUUGCAAGAGACUUUCUCCUAUAUGUAUCUCAACUCUUUACAUUUAAAGUUUAUGAAAGUCUAGCAGCUGCUUAUAAAAAUAAGAAAGAUGUAGUUAUUGUCAAUCUUGAUGCCGACAAUUAUAAGGAUCUUGGUGAAAAGUUUGUGACCUUCAUCAAUGAGAAAUGCGGCACUAGCCGUUAUGCCAAGGGUCAACUUACUUCCACCGAUGGUUUAAUUGCCGAAUUGGAUAGCUUAGUGAAGGAGUUUGUGACUGCUGGUAGUGAUGAAAAGAAAGCAUUAUAUGCUAAGAUUGAGGAGGAAGUUGGAAAAGUCACCAGUUCUACUUCAAGAUAUGGAAAGAUAUACGUGAAAGAUGCCAAAAGUAGUCUGACCAAAGGUUGUGAUUAUGCUAAGAAUGAGAUCCAACGUCUAGAACGUAUUCUUUCUAAGUCGAUUAGCCCUACAAAGGCGGAUGAAUUUACCCUCAAGAAAAACAUUUUAUCUGCUUUUGCAUGA